AUGGACGGGGAGCAAUUUAAUGAGCUAGAUCGGCUCAUUAAAAUCACUGAGUUUGAAAACAAGGUCCAAGACAAAGCAAUCUACAAUGAGAGAGAGAUGAUAGCAGCUUAUGAAAAAGAGAUAAAUCAACUUAACAAAGACAUAGAAAGAAUGGAAAAAGAAAUGGCAAGAAAUGACGAGCUCUCGCUCAAAUAUUUACGCAAAAUCGGACAAUCCAAAGAAAACUACGAAAGCUUAAAAAAGACGUCAGUGGUCUUGGAUGAUCACUUGGAAGCUUUGGGUAAGAAGGCUGCGGAAGCAAAGCAGGAGGCAGCAGAGAGAAGAGAGAAGAUGAGACAUGCUAUAGAGUAUUAUACCUUGAAAUGGGAGGAGUACAAGAAGAAAUAUGAAUCUACUAAGCUGGGAAAGGCCUAUGUGGCUGUAUGCAAGGAAGUCAAGGACCUUGAGAAAGAACUGGAGGAACUGGAUAAAGAGCUGGAAGAAGCUCGGAAAGCACUACGGAAAAAAAAUCCUAUUGAAAAGAUUAAGCCUUGGAUUAUUGAAUUUGCUGAGCUUGGUCUAAUGGCAGAACAAUCGUCUGCUGAAGUGAAAGAAUUGGAUAUAAUUAAUGAGUCACUUUCGUCCAAAAUUGAUCAAAUGAAACUAGAAAUUGAUGAUGCUACUGCAAAGAUCCAAGAAGCAUCUACUAAGUCAUCUAAUAAUGCUUCAAAUUUAAUCCAUCCUCCUCCUUCCCCUUUUGUCGGACCUGGUGAUGGUCAAAUUUCAACCAGCAAGAGGCCAAGGAUAGAUCCCACAAUUACGACCUCAUGGGCAAGCAAAUUGAAAACUUUUGCUGGGGGGCCGUCUGUUCAUGUCAAUAAUCCCAGACCAAGUUCUACCGGCAAUAAUCCUGGUUCCAAGCCUGAUUCUGGACCCCCUGGUCCCAGACCUCUUGCCAAUGUUCUAAAACCUGUUUCUACUUUUAGUAAUCCCUUGACUGCUAAGCUUACAACAGUGUCCAGACCCAGCGUCAAUAUUGGAUCACCAUUGAUGACGAGACCCAUAAUGUGUCCCAGACCCCCUUCCAUACAAAAUCCUUUGUCAGUCUCCAAACCUCCUUCAAUAGAAACACCUCCAAUGACUUCCAGACCCCUUACUUUAGAAAUCCCCCUUGUGGUUUCAAACUCUAAUCCAAUUAUUGCCAAUCCUUCUAGCAUUGCCAAUAAUCCGAGCCUUCUUUCCAGGCCCCUUGCAGUCAACACACCACUUUCCAGACCCUCUACCAUGGAAAUUCCAGUGUCCAGACCCCUUGGAGUUGAAUUACCAGUGUCCAGACCCCGUAGAGUUGAAUUACCAGUGUCGAGACCCCUUGGAGUUGAUAAUACCGUGUCCAGACCCCUUGGAGUUGAUAAUACUGUGUCCAGACCCCUUGGAGUUGAUAAUACCGUGUCCAGACCCCUUGUUAGCUCAAGCGAAAUUGAACCAGAAAUGUCUAUGGAAACAUUGGAGCCAAUUGGUUCAAUGGAAAUUCCACAAGGGCAGGAAAGUGGCUUAAAUUUCUAUUAUGGUGAAAUGCAGCAGGAAGGACUACCUCAAGAAGGAGAGGAAGAGGGACUGAGGGAGGAUGAUUAUAAUGUAGGAGGAUUAGGAGGAUUAGGAGGAGGCGGUUUUAUGAGUGAUUUGUUUAAUGAAGCAGCUGCUAACACUGUACCAUCUUGUGAAUUAUUUUCUUCAGUAAGUAUAUAUUUAUAA